AUGGUAUUUCUGAUUGGGAAUGUGAAUUCUGGAAAUGGAACUUGGCAUGGGUCCCUUUCUGAUCCCACCCAAUCCACAUUCUCUUUGGUUGAUGAGGAUCAUACAUUCGCAAAUGCUGUCAGAUUUCCUUUGAAUCAGGAUCCAAGGACGAAAUUCUGUGGGUACAGCAUUCCUCAUCCAUCAGAUAACCGAGUUAAUAUUAGAAUCCAGACUACAGGUGAUCCCACAAAAGAUGUAUUCAAAGAUGCAUGCCAGGAUCUCAUGGUGAUGUGCCAGCAUGUGAGCAACACUUUUGACAAGGCUGUGGUUGAUUUCAAAGUGAGCAACUCUGUGGAGGGCAUGGAUAUUGAAUCAGAUAGUUAAAUUGCUCAUCUUAGAUUCUUGUUUAUAUGCUUACUUUUGAUUACAAAUGUAGGUUAUGGUGGAUGCAUAAUAUUAACGUACAAGUUUAAUUAUCGGUUUCAUGUAUCCAGGUCCGCAGUUGUAGCAAAAUGAUGUCAGUUACUUUGUUCUUCUAAUGGAAGAAGUUGAUUAUCCUUUUUCUCUCUUUUUCCAGACUU